AUGGGAGACGGAGGACAAAGAAGCAGAUGGGAGUACUGGUGGGUUGCUCUGCGUUUCUCUUUGCUGCUGUGCUUCGGGGAGCAGGUUUCAGCACAGAUAAGAUACUCUAUUCCAGAGGAGGUGAAAGAGGGAUCCGUUGUUGGAAAUGUUGCUAAGGAUUUGGGUCUUGACGUCAGUACUUUGGUGGAGAGACGGUUUCGUAUCGUUUCUGGAUCUGGAUCUGAGGAGGCUCUUUUCCAGGUAAAUCAGAACAAUGGCGUCUUGUAUGUUCAUAAGAAUAUCGACAGAGAAGGGAUUUGUAACAGCAAGGUUGCUUGCGUGAUAGACCUGAAAAUCGUCGUUGAAAAUCCUCUUGAAGUCCACUAUGUAGGUUUAGAGAUAACGGACGUAAAUGACCACUCGCCCAGUUUUUCUGAGAAAAAUCUACAUAUAGAGAUAGCAGAAAAUAAACCUCCAGGAGCUCGAUUUGAACUCCAGCCUGCGCGUGAUUUGGACGUAGGAAUUAAUUCUAUAGGUUCCUAUAAAUUAAAUCAAAACGAACAUUUCGAUUUAGAGCUGAGAGAUAGUGGGGAAGGGGAUAAAAUCCCGUUUUUAGUUCUACAGAAAGCCUUGGACAGGGAACAGAAGACCAAACAUGUAUUACUAUUGACAGCAUUUGAUGGGGGGAAUCCGCCUAGAUCAGGUACUCUGAACAUAACUGUCACAGUCCUUGACUUAAAUGAUAAUCAGCCUGUAUGUAGUCAGGACGUCUAUUCAGUUACAUUACAAGAAAAUUCAGAUAUCGGUAGAUUUGUAGUUAGAAUUAAUGCAACCGAUGCAGACCAUGGGUCAAAUGGCGUGAUUGAAUAUACUCUCGGUAGAAAUUUAAAGCGGAGAGUACAUGACAUUUUCCAGUUGGAUAGCAUUACUGGGGAAAUUAAGGUGAAAGGCCCGGUAGAUUUUGAAGAAAAUGAGGUGUACAGCAUAAAUGUACAGGCGUCUGAUAAGGGCCAGCCUCCACUGACAACUGAUUGCAGAGUUAUUGUAAAGAUACAAGACGUGAACGACAACAGACCACAAAUUGAGGUUACAUCACUAUCUAACACAGUGUCUGAAGAUUCUAAACCUGGAACUGUUAUAUCGCUCAUCAGUGUGAUAGAUCAAGACUCUGGUAUUAACGGAAAAGUUAUUUCCAGUAUAUCUGAAAACGUGCCAUUUGAGUUAAAACCUUCAUAUAAGGAUAACGUGUAUUCUAUAGUCACAAAGGGACGUUUAGACAGAGAACUCGUGUCCCAUUAUGACAUCACAAUAACAGCCACUGACUGUGGCCAGCCUCCUCUGUCCACAUUCAAAACUCUGAGCGUCCAGAUAUCAGAUGUGAACGAUAACCGUCCAGAAUUCUCCCAAAACCCCUUUGAGCUGUACUUAGUGGAAAAUAACGCCGGUGGUGCUUCCAUAUUCUCUGUGAGCGCUUCUGAUAAAGACAUGAAUGAAAAUGCUGCGAUUUCAUAUCACAUAGUUAGAGGAGAAGGGCCACAGAAUGAUAUGGCAUCUUUUCUGAAUAUAAAUUCUGAUAAUGGCCAUAUUUCUGCGCUAAAAAGCUUUGACUUUGAAACCCUCAAAACAUUCCAAUUCCAAGUUGUAGCUACAGACUCUGGAACUCCGUCACUAAGCAGCAACGUCACAGUGAACGUGUUCAUUCUGGAUCAGAACGACAAUGCUCCAGUGAUCUUGUAUCCAGUCAGUGCUAAUGGUUCAGCUGAAGGUGUGGAGGAGAUUCCCCGGAAUGUGAACGCAGGCCAUUUGGUGACUAAAGUGAGAGCCUAUGACGCUGAUAUAGGAUAUAACGGCUGGUUAUUAUUUUCACUGCAGGAAGUUACUGACCACAGUCUCUUUGCUUUGGACCGCUAUACAGGACAGAUAAGGACACUUCGGUCAUUCACAGAGACAGACGAGGCUGCGCAUAAACUGGUCAUACUGGUAAAAGACAAUGGGAACGUUUCACUCUCAGCAACAGCUACUGUGAUUAUCAACGCUGUGGAGCCCAAAGAGGCUUUUGCGGCUUCUGAUGUUAAAAGCGCAGUGAAAGACGAGGAGGAGAACAGAACUACAUUUUAUUUGAUAAUUACUUUGGGGUCAGUUUCAGCGCUUUUUCUCAUCAGUAUCAUCGUGUUGAUUGUAAUGCAGUGCUCCAAACCCACAGAAUAUUCAUCCAAGUAUUUACAAGAUGCGAAUUACGACGGGACACUGUGCCACAGCAUCCAGUACAGAUCUGGAGACAAACGGUACAUGUUAGUUGGACCCAGAAUGAGUAUAGGUUCUACUAUUGUCCCGGGCAGCAAUGGAAAUACUCUAGUGCUACCCGAACACAGGAGUAGAGCUUCUGGAGAGGUAAGAACUGUUUCCAAGCAUUAAACUUCGAAAGCAUGUUGCUGGUUAUUUGAAUGUAUUUAUCGUGCGUAAUGGAAUGUGUGACGGAUGAUGAAGCGGUUGCUGUCGACCGUGGUGGUGUUGAAUUCAUUCUUAAUCACUUGCGUUUGUUUUUGGUUUAUAUAUGCAUGAGAUAUGAUGAUCUCUCUCAAAUAGGUGAAUAGUCAUAAACCAGGUCCAAACAAGACUCAUUAGUGUAAUUCCCCUGUCUACAAAACUGAUUGUCUGUGCGUAAUGGAGAAAUGAACUCAUUCAUGCGGUUUCUGUCCACUCUCGUGGUGCUGAUUUACAAAGUUCAUUGUUUUUCCUUGCAAUCGAGGUAUUUACUAUGUCAGUAUUUUACAUCUGUAGUCCUCACAUCCAUUUAUUCAUAAUCAUUUUCCUUUUAAUCCCACUCAACCUUUACAUAUACCACGCCUGUAACUAUAAUAUGGUGCUGGUACAUUUGCUGAUGCUAAUACAGGAAGGUACAAUCAUUCUAGAGCCUUGUGUACUCGUGGCAAGCAGUAGCUCGGUCCGCAUGGUGUCAGUGUCACACAAGGAGACUGACUGACUGUCUGGUGUUUUGUAUAUUAGGCCUUGCCCCUCUCUGGGAUGUUUUGUCCCCAAAUGCAGAGAGAGCGGUGAGGACAUCAGAACAGGACGUGCUAUGAUAGUCAGAGAAUAAUUGUAUUAUUUUUCUGUGCUGCAACAUUGCAUUCGUUAUGGAUCAUUAUGAAUUGGUCAUCUGAUCAUUAGGAUUGUAUUUUUUCAUUGAGGAUUGUGUUUACGUUUCUUUCUAA